AUGUCAUUUCAAGUUCCAAAAUUAGCCAAAUUAUCAUCAGGACACUAUAUUCCAACCGUUGGGUUAGGAACGUGGGCAAUUCCCAAUAAUAUUGCCAGUGAAGUUGUUUACAACGCAUUGAAGGUUGGAUAUAGGCAUUUCGACUCAGCAGUGUUGUAUGAUAAUGAGAAGGAGGUUAGUGAGGGAAUCCUCAAGUGGAUUGAUGAGAAUCCAUCUGCAAACAAGAGACAAGAGGUGUUUUAUACUACGAAAUUGUGGAACGAUGAGUGUGGGUAUCACAACGCUAAGAGGGCAAUUAAAAGGUGUUAUAAAAGAGUAGAGAGGUUGGGAUAUAUUGAUUUGUUGUUGAUUCACUCACCAUUAUGUGGUCCUAAAGAGCGGCUAGAGACCUGGAGAGCAAUGCAAGAGGCAGUGGAUGAAGGAAUCGUGAAGAGUAUUGGAAUCAGUAAUUAUGGGGCCAGGCAUAUUGAAGAGUUGUUGAGAUGGGAUAAGCUAAAAUACAAACCAGCUGUUAAUCAAAUUGAGAUUUCUCCCUGGAUUAUGAGACAGGAGUUGGCAGAUUUUUGUAGAAGUCAAGAUAUAUUAGUGGAAGCGUAUGCUCCGUUAAACCAUGGGGGUAGAUUUAAGGACAAAACGUUGGUGAAAAUUGCGAGAAAGCACAAUGUUUCCACGACUCAAGUAUUGGUUAGAUGGAGUUUACAACAUGGAAAUAUCCCACUCCCAAAGACAUCCAAGAUUGAAAGAUUGGAGAGCAAUUUGGAUGUAUUCGGCUUUGAAUUAAGUCCAGAGGAAGUUAGGGAAAUUGACCAGCCAAAUGCUUAUGAGCCCAGCGAUUGGGAAUGUACCAAUGCUCCAUAA